AUGUCUCAUCUCUCAGUGCACAUAUCGGACAGCAACUCCGAUGAUGACUUCGAUGAGGGCAACAUCGAGCAAAUCUCCAUCCCAGGGCCCAACGCCUCCAAGGGAGAUUUCAUGGAUGCAGUCAAAGCAUUGCAGCUCGAAGUUCAGCGUCUGUGCGAAGAAAAUCGUGCUCUCAAGGAGAAGAACAAAGUUCUACUUGCCGAGAAGCCCAAACGGAAGCGGCGCGUUGAAGCACCUGAUGAACUCGUUGCUCACGAACAGACCAUCUCACUGUAUGCUCGUAAAUACGGCAUGACAGUGGAGAUGUUUCCGGACAAUGAACUUCUCACCAAGAAGCUGCCGGAUUUGCCUACACCAUUCGAUAGCCAUGACCGUUACAAGACUGCUGCAACUCAGGAAACGGCCUUCUUAGACGAACUUUACAAGCAUUUCCCAGAACGCGUCCAUCGAGCCAUACAGAGUGUGUACUUCAAAGACCUCGUACAUAAGUGCAUCAGCGAUGCUCGUUCAAACGAGAUCAAAAAAUUACGUGGCGUUGCUGGAGAUAUUUUUGACCUUCCUGCGAAGUACUUUGCCAAUCCUAGUUUCGACAGAGCCGGCGUUGUUGAAAUUCAAAAGAUGCUUGGAGUGUCUGGCAAGACGCAGGCUUAUAAAAUCUUUCCGCCUCUUUUGUUCCCAGGUCUGCAAGAAGACACCACCCUCAAGACUGUUUUCGGCAACUGGAUACUUUUCGCCAAGAUUCUGAGAGCAUCACUGCAUGGCGUCACCUCGCUUCAUCAAGAGCCUUGUGGCGGAUCAAAGACUAAUGCUCGGAAGUGGAACUUUCAACAAGUCACUCCAGGAUCUAUCGCAUGGGCGGCAGUUAUCGCAAUAUUUCUGCUCUCACCCGACUCCGAAUUUCCCGGUUCGGGAGUGGGGAAAUCAUCGACCAUCAGUUACAAAGACCUGUUCUUUCAAUAUAAGAAGAUGCUCAUUACAAAGUGGGACACCAGGCGCAUCAAGAAUAUUAUGGUCAGUAUCAACAAUCACAUUUUUGGCACCGCAAAGUUGUCCACCCUCAAUCCCGCUGGUGGCGAAGACUUUUCGGAUGAAAUCAAUCGCGCUAUGCUCGCACUCGACAUGUCAUCAGACAGUGAAGCAGAUGAGGUUCCACCAGCAUCAGUAGCGCUACAUGAAGGUCCAGGCCCAGGUCUCAAUGCAGGUCUCGUCAACCGACCUGCAGAAGAAGCAUCUGAAUCAGCAUCUCGAGCUGCUGCUCAUACUAAUGUUGAAGCAGACGAAGCUGAUGUAGAUGAAGCUGAUGGUCAGAUAAUAGGCAGGGGCCGAGGGAAGGGAAAGACUAGGGGGAAAAGGGCAGUAGCAACUCAUAGCAAUAUUCGUCGUGGUCGUUCUCAAAAAGUCUCAUAG